AGCGCCUGCGCAACGUCAGUCGCGAUCGAGCGCCCGCGGUGAUCGAACGCGCUCAACGUAAGCUAGCACAAUUAUAGUCUCGUUUCUUUUGUUAAACAUUAGUUUGAGUGAAUUUUAAUCUUGUGCCUGUGUAUGACACGUUGGAUGUGCAAUUACUUGUGAAACAGCCGAAUUGGAGUCGAUUUUCUUGUACCUGUGUAAUGUGUAUAAACUUGUAAAAGAAUACCCGAUAUGAUCCACGUGGACGAGACAGAUCCAGUAGGCGAGAUAGAGCCGCCGUUCCCCUGUCGCGAUGUCUCCAUCAAACGCGGCACGGAUGUCAAUGACUUUUUCGAAAUGCUGUCGGAGAUUGGUCGCGGCAAAUUCGGCACAGUAUACUUAUGCCGUGAGAAGAGCACCGGUCUGGAGUUAGCUGCCAAACUGGUGUCUGUCAGUAGAAGAGACGAACGGCGGAAUGUUGAGCGCGAGGUGGACGUGAUGCGUCGGCUGCGUCACCCGCGCCUCAUACAACUUUACGACGCCUACGACUGGGGCAAAUAUAUGUGCGUCGUACUUGAACUGAUAACCGGCGGUGAGCUGUUCGAACGUGUGAUCGAUGAGGAUUUUGUGCUGACGGAGCGUGCCUGUACCGUGUUCAUGCGGCAGAUCUGCGAAGGCAUUGAAUUUGUACACAGACAGAAUAUAUUGCAUCUUGAUAUGAAGCCAGAAAACAUUUUAUGUCUGACAAAGUCUGGGAACAGAAUAAAGAUCAUCGACUUCGGAUUAGCGAGGUUCUACGACCCUGAGAAGAAACUGCAAGUAUUGUUCGGUACUCCGGAGUUUGUGGCACCAGAAGUGGUGAACUUCGAUCAAAUCGGUUACGGCACUGAUAUGUGGUCGAUUGGCGUUAUUUGUUACGUGCUAUUAUCGGGCUUGUCACCAUUUAUGGGCGAGACGGAUAUUGAAACAAUGGCGAAUGUUACCGUUGCAAAGUACGAUUUCGACGACGAAGCGUUCAACGAAAUAUCUGAGGAUGCAAAGGAUUUCAUACAGAAACUGCUCGUCAAGGACAAAGAGUCGCGGCCGAGUGCCACCGAAUGCUUGCGUCACCGUUGGCUCCUCAAACGCUCGCAAGUGAAGAAAGACAAACCCAGACCGCAAACAUCGCCAAAACACGAACUAGACGUCGCUAAAGACAACCUACGUCUCUUCGUGGAAAGAUGGAGCGAACAUCCGAACUCACCCUACGUCUUCGAUAACCAGGCGCAUGAAAUCAUCUGCCUCGUCAAUGGAAAUUGCGAGAGAUCAUCCAUCGGAGGCUGCUCACCAUCCCCUAGGAGUUCCCUCAGCAGUUCCCCAGAUAUAAUCUUCGAUGAAGACGAUCUUGAACCCCCUCCUUUAAGAGAUCCAACGCCUCUUGCACAAAGAUAUAACCCAGUGGAAAGACGAGCAUCGGACAGCAGUUGUUUCUUGCACAAAAAACAUGACGUCUUAGUCAGAAAGAAUUUAGCCGAGGAAAUAAAGAAAUUAUCUGAUCAUUUGUUCAUGUUGUCAACUAUGAGCACGGACCUCGUCAAUAAUAAUAGCUUUAAGGAAUUUGAUAAAAAUGCAACGGAAAUAAAGACAGCAACCAAGGAAGAAAAGAAAUUGACGAACGGCUUUAAGACAGAAUCAAAACCGUUGAUAAAAACUAUAACAAAUGGAGAUGCCAAUAAAACAGAAAGGAAAGUAUUCACAUCAAAAUCCAGUAAUAAGAUAAAUUCCACUUUCUUGACGGAGAGGGAACAAGAAAAACCGAUGACGAGCAAAAUGCCAUGGGCGAAAUCAACUAGAUCGAAAAGAUUGACGAAUUUGAGUCGAGAUGUUCCUGACCAGCCUAUAGACCGCCGGAGCACAUUCUUCGAGGAAUUCGACAAAAGGCGAGAGAUAAUUGGUAAGUUAGUAAAUAGCUCCAGCAAUGGAAGACAGUUACCAUAUAGACGAGGAGAUGAGAAUAAUGCUCAUAGGACAAAAGACCGUCUAUUGCAUCUCCUAGAAAAAUGGGCGGACACAGAAGUCGAAGGAGAGAGAACAGCGGGAGGUACAUCUAAUUGUGGAAGACAUCAGUCGAUAUCUCUCGAGUGGUCGCCCUCGAAUCAACUAGCCCAGAACUCUAUGUCCAGUCUUCACGCUUUUUUUCAAAGACAAACAUCAGACGAAAAGAAGCAAAGGAAGAAAUGACUAGUGAAAUAGUAUAUGUGUAAGAAAUUGUAUGUAUGUAUUGAAAACAGGGACUUCAGUGCCAUGACAUUGUGUUGUUCAGAAAGGUCGACUUUGAAACGGUUGAACCAGUUUGAGUUUUAAAAAGAUAAAUAAAUUUUUCGAUCAAAAAAGGUUUUACUCGUAAUAGUAAAAGAUCUCAAUUUGUGAAUAAUAUUUAUUUUAUUCUUAACCAACAGGCGCUUUAUUCAAAUUUAUUAUAAUUAUUAAGAUAAUAUUUGAAGACAGUGAAAAAACCCAGUUACUUUACAAGUCUAUGAUUUAUUUCAAUCUAAACCUAUCUCGUACCUGGCAGCCAUUACGUUUUUUUCGUUUACGUUUUAAAUUUCUUGUUAUAGUAUAUAAUUCAAGAGUUUUUGCGAAAAUUUUAUAUUACGAUGAAAAAAUUUUCUUUUGAUUGGAACGAAUCAUACUGUUAACCCGUGUUAGGAGGGAGGGAGAUGAGAUUUAGAAGAAAAAUCUGCUUAACGAGCCAUCUAAAGAGCCAAGUGACAGUAACAACUGCAAUAAAAGCGCUAAAUGCUUACGCCUACAUUGAAGGAGAAUAAAUUACGUACUCAAAACAUUACAAAGUUUAUCUUUCUGAAUAAAUGGUAUGCGUGUUACCAAAGCGAGGUUAUGAGAUUGUAUUGAUAAUAAGUUUUUCUUUUUUCAUAAAAAUGACAAUGAAAUGACAAAACUGUACGAAUCUAGUCUCCGAACACAAUUCUCUGUGUGACAUACGAUCGGAAAUCAAUACAAGACUGAGAUGCAAUUUCGAAAUUGUUUCAACAACAUUGACAAUAGCUUAAUUUUUGUACUUCUUGUAAAUAUUUUAUAAAUCAUGUAAAAAGUCGGAACCUCUACUGAUACUGUCCCGAAUUUAUUUAAUUUUUUGUUCCUUUUUCCGUACUUAAGCGUAAUGUACUAAAUAUAUUGUUUUACAA